CGGCGCGCCGCGACGCAGCCCUGGCCGCGCGCCUGCGCCGUUGGCCGAGCGUCGGGGCGCGCGGCGAGCCGCGCCCGCUCCGGUCCCGUCCGGUCCCGUCCGGUCCCGGCGGGGCGGCGGUGGCGAGCAGGAUGCUGGGGCGCUGGGCAGAGACUGUACAAGUGAAUGAGAACUUCCUUCGUCUAUGGAGCUGAAGUGAAGAACUUCACCAUGGGUCAACAGCUUUCAAACCAGACACAAACUGUAAUUAACAAGUUGCCAGAAAAAGUAGCAAAGCAUGCCUCUUUGGUUCGAGAAAGUGGUUUCUUAACGUAUGAAGAAUUUCUGGGAAGAGUAGCUGAACUUAAUGAUGUUACUGCAAAAUUGGCUUCUGGGCAAGACAAACAUCUGUUAUUUGAAGUGCAGCCUGGUUCAGAUUCUUCCGCCCUCUGGAAAGUGGUUGUUCGGAUAGUCUGUACUAAAAUAAAUAAAACAAGUGGCAUCGUGGAAGCUUCCAGAAUCUUGAACUUGUAUCAGUUCAUUCAACUUUAUAAAGACAUCACCAGUCAAGCAGCAGGAGUUCUUGCACGGAGUGGUGCUUCUGAAGAAACUGCAGAGUGUUUGACAUCUGUGUCAUCUUGUCAGGCCAGUUUAUGGAUGGGAAGGGUUAAACAGCUGACAGAUGAAGAGGAAUGUUGCAUCUGCAUGGAUGGGCGUGCUGAUUUGAUCUUGCCGUGUGCUCACAGCUUCUGCCAGAAAUGCAUUGAUAAAUGGAGCGAUCGUCAUAGGAGCUGUCCUAUCUGCCGUCUGCAAGUGACUGGGGCAAGUGAUUCUUGGGUGGUUUCAGAUGCACCUACAGAAGAUGAUAUCGCUACUUACAUACUUAACAUGGUAGAUGAGGCAGGCCAGCCUCACAGACCCUGACACUGGCCAACAAGCUGACAAUAGUAGGAGCACUUGAAGCUUUUUCACUUUCAUGAAUAUCUGUUUUUAUCUCCCGUUGCCAUUCUUCCAACACUCUUUUACUUGUCUUCUUGGCUGCUGUGAAUCUAUGCUAGUCUUUUAAAACACAGGGUAUUUGAGCCAGUGUACAUGUGUGCAGUCUUAAUUAUUAAUCUGUAGUUUCAGUAAACUCUUUGAUUAUUAACAUUAACAGAGGUUAUUUUAACAAUGAUUAUUGCUAUUAUUAAGUAACAGUUUGACUACUAAAUGAAGCUAUUUUUAUUAGCACAACUGCAACUGCUGUUUGAACAUCACAAAGUGUACUGCUACAGGAGAUGUAACAUCUAAAUAGGUGAGGUCAGAUGGCUUGACCUCACAGCUCUUAUCCUUCAAAGCAGUCCCUUUUACUUUCCUGACAAAUAUGAAUAAGGAUGGUGAGUUAGGACUAGUGAUUGUUAAUUUGAAAUUUUGCUUCUGAAACUUGAGGACCUCCCACUGCCCCUUUUUUUCUUUCAGUAGCCAGUUAUUGCUCCUUUUAGUGUUUACAGGUACUGAUUUCAAUCUGAUCCAUUAUGAGUUUUAGUAUUAAUUAUUUUAAAUCUAUUUUGGAGAGUACAGACGGCUAUGUAAAUGUACUUGUGCUUUUCCCUUAUCCUCUUAGCAAGAUAAUCUCUUUGAAUAUUUUUUUAAAAUUUGAUGUUUAGCAUAGUCUCAUUAGCUUGGAAACACUAAAGAGUUUCAUACACAAUCCUAAAAAAGCAAAUCAGUUUUUUUUCUAUAGCUUUUUGAUCAAAAAAGCCAAAAAUAUUUUUAAACAUGAGGCAUAUCUGAAAAGAAUUACUUUAUUCAAAUUAGCAAUUAAGGUGUAGUUUAGUCUGAUGCUGUAGUUUUAUCUGCCUUUCCUCCGUUUUCAAAGGGAUGAAAUCAUGCAUACUAAGGUUAUAAGGUCAUAAGCUAAUUAAGGGUGCUGUGCUUUUUAUCUACAAGUGCAAUAUGCUUUUAUGUAGCAGAGAGUAACUUCUAUUUUGAUAAUAGUUUUGUGGCUUGCAGAGAGAUGUGCAUCUGACAACUUGGGGAAAGGGAUAUCACAAUAGGAGUACAACAGUGUAUUUCAGUGUUUAGCAGAGUCAAAUCUUUCAAGAGUUGCUUUUAGAAAAUAUAAAAUAGUCAUCAUUAGUAUUCAGGAAACCCAUCUUAAGUCUGUUUUGCAGAACUAUUAUGGAAAUCAACUGCCAUUAUAGAGAAUGAAUUAAUAAAUAUAAUUUGGGGGGAGGUUGCUAUUAACAAAUACUGCUGUUUUAACUUGAAGCUGUUGAGUCAAAAAUACUCAAGUGUAGCAUUUGAAGAACUAGCAACAAAUCUUGCUUAUUACAAAACUGCAUUUUUAUUUCUCAUACUUGUUAAAACUCAGUAAUGCCAGGCUGAGGCCUUUUAUCAGGGACAGGUUCUGAUCUGUAAGACAAGUACACACAUGUAUAUGUAUGUUAGGGUUGUUCUCCUUAAUUAGCUACAAAAGAAUGAAAUGAUGUCGGGGACCAAGUCUUGGGAAUUUCUCUAUUAUACUUCAUUAAGGAGUUUUUACAGUAUAUGACACCUGUUUGAACUUGGCUCAUGGUACAGUCGUCAAAUUUAUCAUAGACAUUAGGACAGAUAAGCAACAUAGUUGUCUUGUGUUUAUCAUCUAAAAGCCAGUAUGGCUUAGUGUGUAAAUCUGUAUUUAACUAUCUAUUUAUGAAUGUACAUAACCUAGAACUAAUUUUUUCCCUUUGUUAAUCCUUUGGUAUCAAUGAGAUUCUUUAUUCUUCAGAAAAAGUAUGGACUGUUUGUUUGCUUAAAGGCAGUUGUUAUCUGUGCUGAAAAUUGUUAAUGGUUGGGGAUUUUUCACUGAAAUAUUUGCAAAUAUUCCUAAUCGCAUACCAGUUUGGUUUCAUUUUGCUUUUUGAGCUUGCAUUAGUCCCUAUUCAAAACUUUAAAAUAAGCUUUGAAUUUUUAAACUGGUUUUUAUAUCACUGAAGCAGAAAAAGCAUCUAAAUUAAAGCUUCAAGCUAACUUUAUUUUUCAGGUAUUUCAAUUACUACGCUUCUGAACUGAGACUUUUAUAAGUUGACUUUCUGCUGAAAACUUACAUGAACUUCUUAAAAUGUAAUUUUGUAAUGAAUGCAGAUUGUUAUUACAGUAUAAAGGCACUUAUAAUUACAAUAUAAACUAAUGCAAAAAUUAUUUAAAUAAUGAAAAAAUAUUCUGUACAGCUUUUUUAAUUAAGUUGCUGUAAUAACACUGCUGUGAUGUAGGUACUGUAAUGUGUGCCUUGUAAAAUAUAUGUACUGUAUGUUAUAAGGGAUAUAAAUACAGUAACACUGCAAAGCUAGUAAUUUGGUACUGGCAGUAUUUCCUAGUCCGAAAUGCUACGUUUAGCAAACAGAAUUUUGGAAAAGGAAAGGUAAUCACAUUGGCAGGGACAUGGUAAUGGGUUCCAGAAGCCAGACCUUGAAAAUGUGAAUUACUGUGAAUAGCUGUUGGUGCGGGGCAUUAGAACAAACUGAAAUUUUUUGUGCUAAAGUCAAGAAUUCUUACAGAUUUAAUGUGAAAUUGUAAUUUAAGCAUUGCAAAUUGUAUUAAUAGCUAUGGACAUUCCAGUGUAUUAUAAUUUGUGUAUGAGUUGUGCAAUAAAGUUACUUUGGAAGAAAUAUCAAA